CGCUCUCCUGCCCGCGUAUCUUUUUCGCGGCUCGCUUCCCCCUCGGCCUCUGGGUGGGGCAGCCAGCACACCCCGGCCUGGGGCCGUUUGGACUGCUCGGCGAAGUGGAGCGCGCAGUGGGUGGGAUUACCGGGGCCGAGCCCUGCCUGGUCCCGGAGAUGCUGUACUUGUGAGUGGCAGGCGUUCGUUUGAAUUUCUGCACCUCUAGAGUUGCGGAGCCCGCGUCUCUGAAGCUGCCUGGGUGAAGAGCCACAUUAUUAUUUUUUUCUCUUGGGAAAGUAGCCGUCUCUGGGACUUGUUUUAGAUCCCAUCUUCUCUUCAAAUCACCAGGUCACAUCUUCGCUGAUCGAAAUACAUCUCUGAAAAGGACAUGGAUGAAAAUGAAAGCAACCAAUCUCUGAUGACAAGCAGCCAAUAUCCUAAAGAAGCAGUAAGAAAACGCCAAAAUUCAGCACGGAGUUCUGUAGGAAGUGAUUCUUCUAGGUUCUCCAGGAAAAGUUUCAAAUUGGAUUACAGACUAGAAGAAGAUGUAACUAAAUCAAAGAAAGGAAAGGAUGGCAGAUUUGUCAACCCUUGGCCAACUUGGAAAAAUCUCUCUGUUCCAAAUGUUCUUAGAUGGCUGAUAAUGGAGAAAGAUCACAGCAGUGUUCCGUGUUCCAAAGAGGAACUUGAUAAAGAGCUUCCAGUGCUGAGGCCGUAUUUUAUCAAUGACCCCGAAGAAGCUGGGGUGCGGGAAGCUGGCCUCAGAGUCACAUGGCUGGGACAUGCGACAGUCAUGGUGGAAAUGGACGAGCUCAUAUUUCUCACAGACCCCGUCUUUAGCUCCCGUGCGUCACCAUCGCAGCACAUGGGUCCGAAGCGGUUCCGUCGUCCCCCGUGCACCAUAGGUGAACUCCCCCCGAUAGAUGCUGUCCUUAUCAGUCACAACCACUAUGACCACCUGGACUACAAUUCUGUCAUCGCUCUGAAUGAACGAUUUGGUCAGGAGUUGCGAUGGUUUGUGCCUUUGGGUCUCCUCGACUGGAUGCAGAAGUGUGGCUGUGAGAAUGUGAUCGAGCUGGACUGGUGGGAGGAGAAUUGUGUCCCCGGACACGAUAAGGUCACCUUUGUCUUUACGCCUUCCCAGCACUGGUGCAAAAGGACUCUCGUGGAUGACAACAAGGUUCUGUGGGGCAGCUGGUCUGUCUUGGGGCCUUGGAGCCGAUUUUUUUUUGCAGGAGACACUGGCUAUUGCCCUGCCUUUGAAGAGAUAGGAAAAAGGUUUGGACCUUUUGACCUUGCAGCUAUUCCCAUCGGAGCGUAUGAACCAAGGUGGUUUAUGAAAUACCAGCAUAUAGACCCAGAAGAAGCUGUAAGGAUUCACAUCGAUGUUCAGACAAAGAAAUCUGUGGCAAUUCACUGGGGAACUUUUGCCUUAGCAAAUGAGCAUUACUUAGAGCCCCCAGUGAAACUGAGUGAGGCUCUAGGAAGAUACGGACUUAAGACUGAAGAUUUUUUUGUCUUGAAGCAUGGAGAAUCCAGAUACCUCCAUACUGACGAUGAAAACUCUGAAUGAAUGUGAGCAUGUGAGCUUUUAGUGAAAAAGGUAUCCUCUAAGCUUCUAGGAAAGACUAAGAAAUUCAUGAAUAUUAGGAUGUUUUACAUUUGUAAACCACUUCUAUAAGUUUGUGUUGUAUGUUUUGUGUGACAGCUUGCUUGCUACUCCAAAUGCCAGUUCAUAUAAAGAAGAGUUCAGAGGUGGGUCAUUUAAAUACUGAAUUGGCAGAGGGGAAUUUGAAUCCUGUCUCAAUGGUAGAAGCACUGAAAUGGAAUUUUUUUUAAAGGAUUAUGCUUUAGUGGUAGAAUUUGGAAGUUAGGAAAACUGAUUUUAAAGUCUUCUUUCUGUCCUUCUGGUGAAGGGCCUUCUACAGGUUAAAUCUGUCUACCUAGAUGGUUUGAGUCUGCACAUCUAAACUUCUUAAUUCACAUUAGAGUAAGUGAUGGAAUGGACACCUACCUGCUUACAGCAUUUCUUGUUGUUCUGUCCACAUUAGCUUAUAUGCCAAAUGUUGAAUGAUUUAUUUUUUUAAGUAUAAAACCACAGGAGAUUGGGCUAAGUUACCGUUUUUAAAGACAUCAUUGUUUCAAAGAGGAAUGAUAUAUUUUGUUGCACAUCCCCAGUCCCCAAAUCAGAAGCUGCCUGAGUUGGGCAGAGGAAGGGAGAGUGUGGUUAUGAGGACAUGAUUGAUGACAUUUUCUAUUUUUAAUCUACAAGUCAGACCUGAACACAAAGAUCACUGAAAGGAAAUAGUAUUUUACAAAGAUAAAUGCAGAUCUUAAAAUGUUAACAAUUCCUUCUAUAUUCUCUUUUCUCUCCACCUACUCAUCCCCCCCCCCCGGGGGGGUUCGUAGCUCCAACCCUCGAUGUAUCAAUAAGAUUUAUAAAUAAUUUAUGUUUUACAUGAUUCAGAGGUCUUAUAUUUUUAUAUUAAAUGACCCAUACGCACAAUUCUGCUUUUACUAAGCUAGCACGGAAUACUAGCAGUUUAAAAGUAAUUCUAGGAAUUAGGUGACCUGAGUUUAGUCCCGUAAGGGCCCUGGGAUUGCUUGAUUGCUCUGAACAUUCCUCAGAGCCAAUGAGGUACAUUAGAGGCCCAUCCCAUCUUCCUGCUCCCCAGUCUCAGUGAAAUAAAUUUCAUUUGCAGAAUAAUCAAAGUAGGUUUUUACAGCAUAUGCUACACGGGCACUAUUCUAUUUAUUUUCACGUACACAUCUAUGCAUGCCACCUGUUAGCUACUUAAUUGGAAUUUUAAUCCUGCUUCCACUACGGUUUUCUGUGUAUCCUGCCACAAGUCACCUACACUCACUGUGCCUCAGUUUCCUCAUGUGCAACAAGAGGAUAAUUUUGACCUACCUCCAAAAAAAUGUGAAUAGUGAUAUUUUAAAAAGCACUUUGAAAAUAUAAGGGAGAAAAUUAUUUCUUAAGACCUCACUGCCUACUAGAGAUCUGAAAGCUAAAACUAGGCUCAUGCUUUUGGUCGCGUAUCAUUCCCAUUGCAGAUUCAAGCGUCUGUACCUAGGACAUGAAACAGUGAGGAUUAACAACUUCAGCUCAUUUUGUAAAUUUGGGGAGUAAUAGCCAAAAUAAAUGUAAAUGAUCUUC